AUGGAGAACACAACGUUCACUACGGAGGCGCCGCGGAGACGCAAUGCCUUCAAGCGCUUCGCGGACAAGAUUGCUGUCGAGCAGGAGCCCGGGUUGACAACAGCACAGCUAAUGGUGCGGACCCUGUCCGUGAUCCAUGGAUAUCGGAUUAGGCCUUCAGAAAGAAUCCAUGCCCCCUCUAUCGCGUCUUCGUCCCGUCGCAAUGACAAGCUGACACGGACACAACCACAGUUGACGAACCACGAUCUCAAACCGGUUGAGCCCGAACGACGCCAAUGGGGUCCGUGGAACUUUGUCGGUUUCUGGAUUGCCGAUUCGUUCAACAUCAACACCUGGAUGAUCAGCGGUACUAUGAUCGUGGGCGGUCUGUCGUGGUGGCAGUCGUGGAUUUGUGUCUGGCUUGGUUAUGCGAUUUCUGGCUUCUUUAUUUGCUUGACGGGCCGCAUUGGCGCACAGUAUCACAUUGGGUUUCCGGUCGUGGCCAGAUCCUCGUUCGGAAUCUGGGGAAGUCUGUGGCCAGUGUUUAACCGGGCUGUCAUGGCUUGUAUCUGGUAUGGUGUCCAGUCGUACAUUGGAGGGAGGUGUGUCUACAUCAUGAUCAGGGCAAUCUGGCUAUCUUGGGACCGCAAUGCCAUCCCCGAUACCUUCCCUGAGAAUUCCGGUACCACCACGGCCGAUUACGCUUCUUUCUUCAUCUUCUGGCUCUGCUCGCUUCCGGCCAUCUGGUUCCCCGUCCACAAGAUUCGCCAUCUGUUCACCGUCAAGUCGUAUGUCGUCCCUGUUGCGGGUAUCGCCUUCUUGGUCUGGGCCGUCGUUCGCGCCAAAGGGCUCGGUGAUAUCGUGCGCCAGCCAGCGCGCUUGGAAGGCUCCAAACUCGCCUGGGAGUUCGUGAAAGGUGUGAUGAGCUCCAUUGCCAACUUUGCGACUCUCAUUGUCAACGACCCCGAUUUCUCCCGCUUUGCUGGCAAGCCCAAAGACGCCCUCUGGUCUCAGCUCUUCACCAUCCCUAUUGGUUUCGCUGUCACCUCAUUCAUCGGCAUUAUCGUCUCCUCUUCCUCGACAGUCAUCUACGGCGGUCCUCCCAUCUGGGACCCUCUUGAGCUCCUCGAAAAGUUCAUUGAUGACAGCGGUUCUGGUGGGCGUUUCGGCGUCUUUGUAAUUGCUACCGCUUUUGCCCUCGCCCAGCUCGGCACCAACAUCGCUGCCAACUCCGUCUCGGCCGGUACCGAUUUGACUGCCCUUCUGCCUCGUUGGUUGGACAUUCGUCGCGGUGGUUACAUCGCCGCUGCUGUCGGUCUCGCCAUGUGCCCUUACACCCUCCUCACCGACUCCAACCAGUUCACCACCUACCUCUCCGCCUACUCGGUGUUCCUGUCCUCCAUCGCCGGCGUCAUGAUUUCCGACUAUUACUUUGUCCGCAGGGGCUACCUUGACGUCAAGGAGCUCUACGACGCCCGACCCACUUCACCAUACCGCUUCACCUACGGCUUCCACUGGCGCGCCUACGCCGCCUACAUCGCGGGCAUUCUCAUCAACGUCGUUGGUUUUGCCGGAGCUGUUGGCACGGAAGUCCCCAUUGGCGCCACUUAUGUAUACAACGUCAACUUCUUUGGCGGAUUCGGAGUCUCAGCGUUUGUGUACUGGGGUCUGUGCAAGCUCAGCCCCAUCCCCGCCUGCAGCGACAAGUGGAUGGAGGUUGGCGACGAGAUUGAUGACUUGAGAGUGGCGUAUGAUGCUGACAAUGCCAGCGGGACGGGGAGCCAGGAGUAUGUCCCUGGCAAGGGAGAGAAGGAUGUGGGCAGGGUUGUUUAA